AUGGCAGAAGAAUUCACUGAUGAUAUUGGGGUAUUCAGUAAAAAAUUACUAGAACCCGUUCCAUUUGUUAGAACAAAUAACUGCAUAAAAGAUGUCGAUGCUGAAUUAUUUAUUAGUGCAUAUGCAAAAUAUUUAAAACUACAUAAUAAAAUAACUUUUCCAAAAUGGUGUAAUUUUGUAAAAACUGGAAAAGGAAGAAAAUUAGCACCUUUAGAUGAGGAUUGGUAUUUUAUUAAAGCAUCAAGUAUUUUAAGACGAUUAUAUAUACAUCCAGAUAUUGGUGUUGGAUUUUUAAGACGACAGUUUAGUUAUAAACAGAGGAGAGGAGUAGCCCCUAAUCAUACUAGUUUAGCAAGUGGGAAAAUUUUAAGAUCCAUUUUACAACAAUUAGAAAACAUAGGAUAUGUAGAACAGAAUCCUAAAAAAAAAGGAAGAAGAUUAACAAUAAAAGGUGAAAAUGCUAUUAAUAACUUUGCUAGGUAUAUUAAUAAGAAAGUUUAUAAAUUGGAAAAACAAUAA